AUGGCCGCGACGCGGGCGCCGACCGACGGCCCUUCGAGGGCUGCGCAGACCCACGUUAAACUACCGAAGCUCGAACUACAGCGAUUUAGCGGCGCUUCCACGGAGUGGCAGUCCUUCUGGGAGCAGUUUGAGAGGGCGGUGCACGAAAACGACACCCUCUCCGAUUCUGAGAAGUUUCUGUACUUGCGGUCGUCACUUUCUGGUAAGGCUGCAUCGGCCAUCGACGGCAUCCAGGUGACGGGAGCUAACUACAACACAGCCAUCGAGCUCCUUAAAGAGCGCUUCGGUCGACGAGACGUGCUGAUACAAGAACACCUGACUCAGUUGCUCGAGUUGCCAUCAGUACGCAACGAGAAUGAGGUUAUCGGCCUACGUCGACUCUAUAACCAUCUGCAGCGCAACAUAGCCGCUCUCGCAGCGCUCGGAGUCAAAACAGAUGGCUACGGUGCCCUGCUCUGCUCCGCACUCUUGCGAUUGCUGCCAUCGGAACUAGUAGUCAAUUACCACAAGGGACUCUCCGCUGACAGCAAGGAAGAAGGGAUCGGCAUCGAGAGUUUACGAGCUUUUCUCAAGACCGAAGUGGAGAGCCGAGAGAAGGCACUGCAGACGACUGGCCAGGUGAUUGGUGAAGAGGACAUCACAAUCUACCCAUUCGGAGGAGCAGGCAACAUUAUCAAAGAAAAACGCAGAAGAGUGAAACUUUGGCUAAGAAGUCAGUAUGACCGCAACGAUCACUUCAUCGAAGCUCUCGAAAUACCAGAAAUCUGCUCUGAUCAGCUGCGAGUACCUGAGAACAUCAUGCAAGAACUGCAAGCUGAAAUAGAUGAAUUGGCAGAUGUCACCGUUGCACCAGCCCACCUGGCGAGAAGCGGCAUUGACAUCCUUAUCGGUGCCGACUAUUACUGGUCGUUGGUGUAUGGUGUCUUCAAGAAGCUGCAGGGCACACUUGUUGCACUGAAGACCAAAUUUGGGUGGACGCUUCAAGGAGCCAUUCCCUGCAGUAGCUCAGCUGCCUGCUGCUCAACCGCGGCAGUUCUUCGUGCUGGAGUGUCAGAAGACACAACAAGUUUGACCAACGAGCUGAAAUCAUUCUGGUAG